GUUGCCCCCUCUCUGCAGGGGAAGGAGAGAGAGAAGGACGAAGAAGAAGAAGCUUUGGCGUUCAAGGGAGAGACAGAGCUCUGCCUCGCCGGGCUCCGGUCCGUAGAUUCCUCCUCGGGCGUAUAUAUGGCCCAGAGCCCAAGCAUUCAGGUUGGCAUAUAGCGAAGAUAAUUGUCGAGGGAUCAUGUGGGAAAAUUUGUCGGAAGCAGGCAUUGUUUCUUGUUUUUAAGAUUUCAACUAAAAACUCUUUAUUUUUAAGAUUUCGGAUGAGCAAAAAGAAAAGAAAAAAGUUGAAUACUGUAAGGCUUUGCUAUGUAUAUAGUUUGUUUGCCGUUAGCAUUUUCACUUGGUUUCUUCAAAUUAACUGAGGCGUUUGUAUAAGAAUUUGAUCAAGUUUCUUUCAGAACAAGGAAAGAUUUAGUUAAGGAGCUAAAAACACAAAGUCCAUGGCCAAACUACUUAGUUUGUUGAAAAUAUUUCAAAAAAGGUGAAAAAUUCAAAGAUGUACAAUACGCCCAUUUACAAAAACAUAAAUCAUGACAAAAUUAUGUAUUUAUGCUUGCUGUAGUAAGCCUUCUUUUUUACAACACAAAAUAUAGAUUUGCUUUACAAAAAUUUGAGGUGUUAUGCUAAAACUAAGAAUUGUACUUUCAUGAGAAAAAAUUAUAAUUAUUUUUUAUAAUGUAUAAACAAUUUUCAACCCGAUUUAAUUGAAUAUACGACAAGAAUUAGCAGAAAAGAGAAGAAAAAACAUGAAUCUUACCUAGAUGUAAAAGCUAGGCAGGGAUUAAAAAAACGGAAUACAGUGCAAAGAGAUCCUUGCAGGGGUACGUACAUAGUAGUGUGUUCUGUACAUCCCGUCGUCUUUGGACUUCGCUUUCAUAGCAUCGUAAAUGUGUACUAAAAUGUGGAAAGCUUUUUUUUUUACUGGGUAAAAUGCGGAAAGCUUUGGUCCACGAGAGCUGACAACCGAGCGAUUUGAUUUUGUGGGCGCGCGCGCGUGUGGAUGCAGAACCGGCCCAGCGUGCCCAAGUUCGGCACCUGGGACAGCGACAAUGCGCGCUACACGGUCUACUUCGAGAAGAUCCGCGAGAACAAGGGCGCCACCGCGCCGCCGCUCCACCGCCCCUUCAACCCCAACGAGGACCCCCCCGAGGAGGAGGACCCGGCCGCCCCGAGGCUGAUCGUCACCCCCGCCGGCUCUUCCUCCAGGCCGGCCACCUCCAGCGGCCAACGCGCCGCGCAUCACCAGCAGCAGCCAGCGCACGCGCACCGCCGAGCCGGCAGCAGCAGCAGCGUCCCCUCCGACCACGGCGGCGGCGGCCGGCACCACCAGAGCAAGUUCGCGCCCCCGCCGCAGUACCAGCCGCGGCCACAGGCUCCAGCGCCAGGCGCUCAUGGCCACCAGCCGGCCGCGCACGGCGGCGACCAUGGCCACCACCACCGUCCUACAGGGCACCACGCGCAGCAUUCCUCCAGGCAGCAGCAGCAGCAGUCUUCGGGGUCGCGGGCAAGGUCCGCCUCGCCCCGGCACAGCGCGCAGGGGCGGCAGAGGCCGACGGCGGUGCCGAGGUUCGGGGUGUGGGACGAGCAGAGCGCGGCGGCGCAGGGGUUCACGGUGCAGUUCGACAACGUGAAGCGGCACAGGGAGGUGGCGCGCGGCAGGGGCGUGCCGGACGUCCCGCGCCGACGGAUGCCUUCCCCCGAGAGCUACGCCGCGGCCAGGCGCCGCUCCUCCUCCCGGCAGCACACGCCCUUCGUCUCAAAGAUGUUCGGGUGCUUCCUGCAGCAUCCCACGACCAGAGACUGAUGAGGUGCUUUAUUCAUUUGGGAUGAUGUGAUAUAUAUCGGCUGGGGGCAGAGGCGGCGGUGUGUUUUCUUUCGGUGUCAAUUUCUUCUUCUUCUUCGUUUCACACUUCUGCGGGCCUUGAGAGGAUUGUUCUCGAUCGAAGGCGGUUCUGUUCAUUCUUCUCUUUCUCUUGCGUUGGGAAACAACAGGUAAACGAGAAACAGGUUGCUUGGGGCUUUGCACACGGUGGGUUGUACACAUGUUGUAUGUUGUCAUGUAAUAUAAUUACAUGCAUAUUUUUGUUCCGUUGUUUGUUUAUCCCGGAUAGAUCCUCCUUUUGUGUUUAGACUUCUGAUACAAUACACCCCCUCUCCUCCAACGAAAACACAAGGAUGGUUCAGAUCACUCCGUACCCUUUCAUAAAAAAAGCAUGAUGGAUAUUAAUUAA